AUGGCGGCUGAAAAGAAGAUCCAGGUGAUCUCCUAUUAUCGUAUGAUAGACUCCAUUGAGUCCCGAGCGGAAAAAUUGCUUUUGUUUGUGCGUUCGUUUGAUACCGAGAAGCAAGAAAGUUCACUUCUCGAAGACAAGCUUGAGUCGAUUGACCAGAUGCGUUCUUUAUUGCAUGAAACUGAGGUUAAAUUAUAUGGGGUAAUUAAGGAGGAUGAGGUUGGGUCCCUGCAGAUGACGAUUGAGAAGAUAGAAGAUUUGUUUGAUGACAUCCGUCACCGAGUUCGAAAGAUUAUCCGAGAAAUUGAUCCUCCCAAGCCGAUAAGUGCCCCAGCAGCGGUUAAUUCAACACAACACUCCCAUACAAAAUUGCCAGAUUUUCCCCUUCCCCGAUUCAAUGGCCAAUUGGAAGACUGGCUGACAUUCAAGUCCCAAUUUAAUUCUUUGAUUAAACGUCGUGAAAGUUUGUCAGAAAGUGAGAAGCUAUUCUACCUGAAGGCUGCCAUCCAAGAUGGCUCAGCCCGUCAUGUCCAGUCCUCCGAAGACAAUUUUUCAUCACUCUGGAAGGCAUUAUGUUCAGAGUUCGAGAAUAAGCGAUUGUUGGUAGAUAGGCAUAUUGCUCAGCUGUUUCAUCUGAAACCUUUAGUUCGUGAGUCUGGAUCCGCAUUACGAACUUUACUGAGUGACGUUACUCGUAUCAUUAGAGCGUUGGCGAAUCUUGAGCUAAAAUUAGAACCUUUAUCGGAACAGUUCUUGGUUUAUCUGGUAUGCGCGCGGUUGGAUACCCGCACCAGAAAGGAUUUUGAGCUUAAGUUCACUGAUCAUUCGUUGCCAUCUUGGGAGAAACUUCUCGAGUACCUACAGUCUAGAUGUAGAUGCCUAGAGAGCAUUGACCAGGAUAAAGAAGAGGUUCAAAGCUCAAGCUUUCGAGGAAGGUUCGGGCACAAUGAGCGAAGUGGGUCACACUCAUCUAAGGUUUUAGCAAUCAAUACCGGCAGGUCAUAUGGUAACCCUGUUUGUUUUGCAUGUAAGGGGAAUCAUUAUUUGAGCAACUGCGAAGACUAUCUGAAGCUACAAUUACGCGAUCGUAUCUCGAAGGUGCGCAGUCUUGGAUUGUGCAUGAACUGUUUCAGUAACCGACACCAUGUUAGAGACUGCAAGGGGAGCUCCUGCAAGAAAUGUGGAGGCCGUCACCACACUACGUUGCAUGAAAACAAUGCUAACCAGCCAACUCAACCAACACCUACCCCGCGUAGGACCCCUGAGAUGCCUACAACGUCCUCAAACGCGCUAGUAGCUUCCUUUGCUUGUACUAAUUCGCAGCCAAAACAGUAUAUUCUCUAUACCGCAGUUUGCAUGAUAGAAGACGAGUUUGGAAAUUUGAUCAAUUGUCGUGUUUUGCUCGACAGUGGGUCGAUGCAUAAUUUAGUAUCCACGCGUGUGGUAAGCGCGUUGCGCUUGCGAAAGACGAAGGUGAACAUGUCCGUUGAAGGUAUUUCGGGUGCACCUAAGAUGAUUUCGAGUCAGGUCAGAGUAAAGAUCCACUCCACCUACAAGUCAGACUUCACCUACAGCACAGAAAGUUUGGUCAUGAGCAAAAUUACAGGAAACUUGCCAAUCAAUUCGUUCAAUAUUGAUCCUGGGCAAAUUCCGUCAGAGAUAGUACUCGCAGAUCCGUGGUUUAGUCAAUCACGAAUAAUUGAUAUGCUUCUUGGAAUACAAGUGUUCCAUGAAAUGUUUACUGGGCAAACCCAUACCAUAAUUGAAAAUCCUCCUUGUUGGUGCGAAGAAACCGUCUUUGGUUGGGUAGUAGGUGGUGCUAUUGAAAGACCAGAAGUUGAUCGAACGAUCUCUAAUGUCUGUAAGAUCGUUACGAAUGAGGCGUUGAGCGAGCAAAUUAGCAGAUUUUGGGAAGCCGAGUCCAUUCAUGAGCCUCGAAUGUUGACUCAAGACGAAAGAGCCGCAGAGCAAAGUUUUUCCGAUACUUGCUGCCGAUCGGAAAAUGGUCGCUAUGAAGUAGGUCUGCCGUUGAGACCCAGUAUAAAGGAAUUAGGUGACAGUCAAACGAUAGCUUUGCGUAGAUUUCUACAGACAGAAAAACGACUGAUUCACGACCAAGAUCUUUACGAGCAGUACCGAGAAUUUAUGCAUGAUUAUGAAACCCAGGGCCAUAUGAUUAAGUGUGACACCAAUUGCUCAGAAGGAUAUUUUCUGCCACACCAUGCAGUGCUUAACUUGGCAAGCACCACGACGAAGACGCGUGUCGUUUUUGAUGCGUCUGCAGUAGCUUCGAGGGGAGGUUCCCUGAAUGAUCACCUUUACGUUGGCCCUACCAUUCAGCCCAAGCUCGCCGAAAUCGUGCUACGAUUGCGGGUGCCCAAGAUUGUAUUUACGGCAGAUGUUCAGGCAAAUUAG